ACCUCCUAACGCCACCUCUAUGGGCCUUCCUCGCUGCAGAAACCCAGCCCUAGACCUUAGUGUGACCCGCUAAUAACUUUUCUAACAGCCUUUGGAUCCUGGGGGCGUGGCCAAGUGGCGGAACCUGUGGGCGUUCUGGAGCUGUUGCCUAGUAACUGUGGAGGCCUAAACUGGAAAGCGACAGGGUGGCUGGAAGGGGUUGGCUCAGGCCCACUCCUAGGAGGGACCUCAUGACAGACUCCCGGGAGGUGCAGCCUGGGGAGAACGCUAAAGCCAAGGUAGAAGGCCCGGAUGACGUGGAGCUUGGCCAGACCUCCUCAUACAGCAUCCCAAAGCCAUGGGUGAUUCCAGCCCCAAGGGGGAACCUGCAGUACAUCUUUGGGACCAGCCAGGUGUUCCAGGGCAUCGAUGACGUAAAACCAAAGGCCAAAGGGUUAAUGGUGCCUCUCAAAGUCAGGGAAUACUACCACCGAGGCCAGGGAUGCCUGGAGCAAGAGGACUGGGAGACAGCCGUUGUCUUCUUCUCUCGCGCCCUCCACCUGGACCCGGAGCUGGUAGACUUCUACGCCUUACGGGCGGAGGCCUUCAUCCAGCUCUGCGACUUCUCUUCGGCCGCCCAGAACCUGCGUAGGGCCUACGUGGCCCAGCCAGAGAACAGGAAGCACCUGGAGCGGCUCACCUUCGUGCUUUACCUGCAGGGCCAGUACCUCUAUGAGCACUGCAACUUCAAGGAUGCCCUGAUGGUCUUCUCCCAGGCCUCUGAGCUGCAGCCGGAGAAGCCCUGCUUCCGAUACCGGAGCAUGGCCUGCCUCCUGGCCCUCCAGCGCCAUCACGACUGCCUGACACUCAUCACCAGGGAGCUGAGGCAAGGCUCGCCCAACGCCGACCUCUACAUCCUCCGUGCCCGGAUCUACAACCUCUUUCAGAUGCCCAACUUCUGCUAUCGGGACCUGUGCACCGCCUUGCUGUUGGAUCCCGAGCACCCGCAGGCCAAGGUGCUGCUCCAGAUGAUGGUGGAUCAGGCCCAGCAGGCCCACCAGGAUGCCGGGGUCCUGGCCAUCCAGGGCAGGCUACAGCACGCGCUGCAGCGCAUCAACUGUGCCAUCGACAACAGCCCCCUGGAUCCCAGUCUGUUCCUCUUCCGGGGCACCAUGUACCGAAGGCUGCAGGAGUUUGACGCAGCCGUGGAGGACUUCCUGAAGGCCCUGGACAUGUUGACCGACACCCAAUGUGACAUGGUGCAACAGGCGCAGCGCCAGCUGCUGCUGACCUACAACGACUUCGCGGUGCACUGCUACAAACAGGGCGCCUACCAGGAGGGCGUGCUGCUGCUCAACAAGGCGCUGCGGGAGGAGCAGCGCGAGAAGGGGCUGUACAUCAACCGCGGCGGUGCGUGCGGGCUGCGCGCGGGAGGGCAGCUGAUGGUCCCGUGUCCCGGUGUCGCCUUAGACAAACUGGCUACAGUUCAGGCAACUGGGAAAAGGUACCCAGGCGCACCAAAAAUGGGACCGCCUGUGGGUAUCAGCCCCCAGCUACCCUCUGCCUGGGCUGGGCCGGAGCUCCUGGCCGCUGGAGGUUCACUUGGCCCCUGCCCUCCGACCCUAGAUUGCUUCUUCCAGCUGGGUAACCUGGCCUUUGCAGAGGCAGACUACAGCCAGGCCCUGGCUCUUUGCCCGCAGGACAAGGGCGCCAACAUACGCAUGUGCGUCCUGCAGGAGACGAUGGGCCUCUGCGAGCAGAAGUGCAGGCAGUUGCAGAAGGCGGAGGACCACUUCUCAGCGGCCAUUCAGCACAACCCCUGGAGGGCCCAGUGCUACCUGCACCGGGCCAAGAACCGCCAGAUCCUACAGGACACUCUUGGCGCCCGCCAAGAUGUCGCCACCGUGCUGCUCCUGAACCCCAAGCAACCAAAGCUCAACCCGCUGAUGACCAGCCUCUUUCCGGGUAUGUCGGUGGAAGAGGUGCUGAGCAGCCAGGUGGGUCAGCUGGCCAAGCUGCAGCUGGAGCGGAUGAUAGAGAGCGACCUACAGGCCAAGAUCCUGCAAGGCAUUGUGGGGGUUCGGGAGCUCGAGCGCCAGAAGGCCCAGGCCCUGCAGCUCUCCUGGAAGCUCAAAUGGCCUUUGCCUGCAACCCUCAGAGAGCCAGAGCUCACCUCCCAGAUGCUACAGGUAUCCCCUGAAGACUCGGAGGAAGACACUGAGGCCUCCGAGGGGAAGAAAGCAAAGGAAGAGAAAGAAGAGGACAAACCGGAGCUCACCCUUCCCAGGGCGACAUCCCUGUCAGACAGCUACCUCGACCAGGCCUCCUCGGACUCCGUCCUUGGCUUCAGGACGGCACCCACCUCAGAGACGGAGACGUCCACACCGUGCCAGGCGUACAGGAGCACCUCCACCACUUCCGGCAUACCCUCUGACUCCUCCAUGCCCAAGACUGAGUCCUCAGACUCGGAGAGCAAGAGGGAGGCCCCACGCCUGAGCCAUCAGCCCAGAAAAUCUCAGGGUUCCCAGGCUCAGACACAGGGCGGCCCUGAGGCCGCGCAGAGCCAGGGCUCCGGGGAGACUGAGGCUGCCCAGGGUCAAAGGCAGAAGCCAAGCAAAAUCAAGGCCACCCAGAGCCCAAGGCAGAGAUUCCGAAGGGCCAAGGCUGCCCACAACUGGGGACGAGCCCAGGGUCCCAGCAAGACCAAGUCUAAGGUUUCCCAGGACCCAAGCAGGGGCCUCAGCACUAACGGCUCGAUGCUCCGUGAGACUGAGGCUACCCUGGACCCAGGUCAGGGCACGAGCUCAAGUUCCACCAAGCUUGACGCCACCCAGAGCCAGAGUGCCAGCAGGAUCAAGGCUGGUCAGGGCUCUGACCAUGGUGCUGCGCCCCAAAGGCCUGAGUAAGGCCCGUGCUUCUUGCUGGGAGACAACAGACUCUGCCCCCGAUACCGCACACAGCAAAGCAGCCCUCCCAGGGCAACAAGCAGCCCGGCCAACGUUCCUGUGGUCCCAUGGCUCAAUUUAUUGCAUUUGUUCAUUUACAAAAACGAAAACGUCUAAAUCAGG